AUGCUCCGUGGUAACAUGAACUUGUCUAGACUCAUGGUGUAUGGUCAAUCCAUAGAGGAGGCUAAGCUUAGUAGGAUUUCUAGAAACUUGAAUAGGGGUGGACAAAGUGAUAAAAAUCUACCUAGGUUCAAGAAGAGUUCUCAAACACAAGAUGAACCUAGAGAUCCUAAGUUCAAACUUGAGAAGGGUAGUGUUUCUCAAGAUGGUAAGCCUACUUGUGCUACUUGUAGGAAGAAGCACUAUGGGAAAUGUCGAGUUGGUACCAGGAAUUGUAUUGGUUAUGAUAAGUAUGAACAAAAGGUGAGGGAUUGUCCUAAUAUUCCAACUAGAGGAAAAGAAGGUAAGAAAGAUCCUCCUAGUAUUUCGGAAGGUGGUUUUCCAAAGGGGAGGCUCGUUUCUAUGCACUCUGGGAAAGAGGAUCAAAGCAGGAUGAUAAAGAUGAUGUUUGUAACUUAUAGUUUCUCCCUUUAG